UUUCUUUGUGUAGCGCCCUAUGGAAGAAGAUCCUUUCCCCGUUCACCAAAGAGAUCUUUUCCUCUGUCCCGAGUGGCGCACGAGAGACAAACUGCUUCCAGACACAAAGCAGCAGGUGAAGGAGAGUAGCCUUAUUUCCGAAGGACAGCAUAAUUCUGUUCUUAGGAGAGAAGACAAUCUCCUGACGCAGGUGCAGGAAAACCUGUCAAUCUCCUCUGGAGGAGGCGGGGAUAGGGAGGGCCUCGGAAAGGGGCGGGUCUCUGGAUGCUUCCCACAGCGCCCGAUUGGCCCAAGCGAGCUCCGCCAGCGCCAGCCACGUUGGACGCGGGCAUCCCCGCUGGAAGGCCACUCCCGGCCCCACAAUGCACUGCGUGGCGCGUCACUCGGAGCGGCGGGUCCCUGUGCGACAGGUCUUCUGUGGGUUGAGAUGUCUAUGAUUUUAUCCGCCUCAGUCGUGCGUGUCAGGGAUGGAUUACCGCUGUCUGCAUCCACUGAUUGUGAACAGAGUGCAGGAGUGCAGGAGUGCAGGAAGUACUUUAAGAUGCUCUCGAGGAAGCUUGCUCAAUUUCCUGAUAGAUGUACACUGAAAACUGGACGCCAUAACAUUAAUUUUAUUAGCUCUCUCGGCGUGAGCUACAUGAUGUUGUGCACUGAAAAUUAUCCAAAUGUUCUCGCCUUCUCUUUCCUGGAUGAGCUUCAGAAGGAGUUCAUUACUACUUAUAACAUGAUGAAGACAAAUACUGCUGUCAGACCAUACUGUUUCAUUGAAUUUGAUAACUUCAUUCAGAGGACCAAGCAGCGAUAUAAUAAUCCCAGGUCUCUUUCAACAAAAAUAAAUCUGUCUGACAUGCAGAUGGAAAUCAAGCUGAGGCCCCCUUACCAAAUCCCAAUGUGUGAACUGGGAUCAGCCAAUGGAGUCACGUCUGCAUUUUCUGUUGACUGUAAAGGUGCUGGUAAGAUUUCUUCUGCCCACCAGCGACUAGAACCAGCAACUCUGUCAGGGAUUGUGGCAUUUAUCCUUAGUCUUUUAUGUGGAGCUCUGAAUUUAAUUCGAGGCUUUCAUGCCAUUGAAAGCCUCCUGCAGAGUGAUGGUGAGGACUUUAGUUACAUGAUUGCAUUUUUCCUUGGGACAGCGGCCUGCCUUUACCAGAUGAUUUGCCUUUGCCUUCAGGGGAGAAAGGAGAGGACAUAAUUAACUGCCACUGUGAUGAAGAAACCAGUCACAACACAUGAGAAGCUCUGCUUUCCUUCUCUGCCCAUCUUCCCCUUUUGUUUUACAAAUCAGCCUGGCAUGCCUGCGAGUGUGAGACCUGGUAAGAAAACUCCCACAAGGAUCCUGCAGUGGAACGCAGGCGCAUCACAGUAGAAGUUCAGCAUCACCUGAAGACUGACUGGCAGGCAGCACUGAAUCCUCACUAGAGAGCUAAGCAAAGCUUGGUUGUGGGACCAUGCUCUGAGGACCAAGCCGAAAUGCUACCACCUGAGUUUGCCUUUGUGAGGCAUUAGUGUAGACCAAUGAAGAAGAUGCUGCAGGAAUUGGGAAGCUACCCUCUAAAACAGCCACUGUGCUAAGUUUCAGAUUAUUUGCACAAUUAUAGUACCAAGAGUUUAUGAAGUCUAGAAAUGGCAUGAAAUUUGUUUUUUUACUCUUUGUUUCUGCCACCUUCUAACUCUGGAGGCCACCUGGUGUGGAGAGGGCUGUGAUGCGCAUCUCCAUAACAUCACAAGUCCUGACAACAGUGAUGGCGUGUUUCCUUUCUAGACCAUGUUUAUCAUUUCUUUUGAAAUCACUAAAAAUACAUGAUUCAUUGACUAUCA